AUGGAUCUCAAUGCCAUUGAGGCACUCCAACACAAUCUACAAGCCAGUUCAGUGAGUGAUCGUUGUAUCAUACUUGAAGGAGAUAACCAGAUUACAGCACCUAAAAAUACUGAUGCAAUGAGCUUUGGUGUAUUGGUUUUAGAGAUAGUGAGUGGAAAGAAGAAUAGAGGAUUUUAUCAUCCUGAUCAUGAUUUCAACCUUUUAGGACAUGCAUGGAAAUUAUGGAACGAAAACAGGGCCAUGGAACUGAUGGAUGCUCUGAUGGAAAAGCUGAUACCUGCAUCAGAAGUCUUACGAUGUAUACAAGUCAGUCUAUUGUGUGUGCAACAACACCCUGAAGACAGGCCCCUAAUCACUUCUGUUCUUUUGAUGUUGGAUAGUGAGAAUUCUUCACUACCUCAACCAAAACAGCCUGGAUUUUACACAGAAAGGUCUAUUACAGAGACUGACUCAUCAUCAUCAGGGAAAACUCCAUAUACUGCAACUGAAUUAACCAUUACAAUGUUACAAGCAAUUGAGGAUCAAAUGGCCAAACAACAAAGUAUAGGGGGACAGGCAAGGGCAACACCAGCAGCAAAAUUUAUAUCUCAAGCAAGUGAUGAUACAACAAUCCUUCCUGCCUUUGAAUCCAGUGUUGGAAAUAUUUUCAGCAAAAGAGGGCUUUUAGCAAUGCUGAAGUGCCCAAGUGGCUUGCAAUCAGUGAAGGUGAAGACAGCAUGA